GCCGGUGGCUUUCUGCCCCCCCGGGGGCGGUCCCGGGGCGGGGCCAGGGCGGCAGUUGGGGCUUUGGUAACCGGGGGGUUGCUCAGACUUGCUCGGGACUUCCCCGGACGUGCCGGUGCGCUCCGCCGCCCCGGGCACCGACGGGCACCGGAGCAGGCCAUGCCGCCGCCGCCGCCGCUCCCGAUGCUCCCGCUGCUGCUCCUGCUCUGCCCGCGCCUGCCCCGCGCCGACCCGCUCUCCUACCCCGCGGUGAUCUCCCCGCAGGACCCCACGCUGCUGAUCGGCUCCUCGCUGGUCGCCACGUGCACGGUCAGCCCGGACUUUCCGCUGAAAGCCGAGGACCUGUACUGGACGCUGAACGGGCGGCGCCUCCCGGCCGCCUCCUACGCCGCCCUGGGCCCCUCCACGCUCAGCGUGGCCCUGGCCCGCCUCAACGGCUCCAGGCAGCAGUCGGGGGACAACCUGGUGUGCCACAGCAGAGACGGGGGCAUCCUGGCCGGCUCCUGCCUUUAUGUUGGACUACCUCCAGAAAAACCAGUCAACAUCACUUGCUGGUCCAAAAACAUGAAGGACCUGACCUGCAAGUGGGCGCCAGGGACAGAAGGGGAGACCUUCCUGCACACCAACUACACCCUCAAGUACAAGCGCAGGUGGUACGGCCAGGACAACACCUGCCAGGAAUACCACACGGCCGGCACCUACUCCUGCCACAUCCCCAAGGACCUGGCGCUCUUCACGCCCUACGAGAUCUGGGUGGAGGCGUCCAACCGCCUGGGGGUGGCCGUGUCCGACGUGGUCAUGCUGGACAUCCUCGACGUGGUCACCACGGACCCUCCGUCCGACGUGCACGUCAGCAGGGUGGGCGACCUGGAGGACCAGCUGAGCGUGCGCUGGAGCUCCCCGCCGGCCCUCAAGGAUUUCCUCUUCCAAGCCAAGUACCAGAUCCAAUACCGGGUGGAGGACAGCUCCGAGUGGAAGGUGGUGGACGACGUGGGCAACCAGACCUCCUGUCGCCUGGCCGGCCUGCGCCCCGGCACCGUCUACUUCGUCCAGGUGCGCUGUAAUCCCUUCAGCAUCUACGGCUCCAAGAAAGCGGGAAUCUGGAGCGACUGGAGCAACCCCACGGCCGCCUCCACGCCCCGCAGCGAGCGAGUGGCGGGGGGCUGCGACCCCAAAGGGGGCGAGCAGAACACGACGCUGCGGCGGGAGCUGAAGCAGUUUUUCGGGUGGGUGAAGAAACACGCCUACGGCUGCUCCAACCUCGGCAUCAAACUCUACGACCAGUGGCGCGUGUGGCUGCAGAAAUCGCACAAAACACGCAACCAGGUUCUUCCCGGCGAUAAGCUGUAGCCCGCGGGGGACCGAGCGCCGGCAGGAUGGGACGGGGCGCCCGGCGCCCACCCGGGACCGCCCGCGCCCGCCCCGGCCCCGCCGCGGGGGAGCUGGGAGGCGGCCGGGGCGCAGCGCGGCCCCGCAGCCCUGGGGAACG